UUGCGUUGGUGCGAGUCCCCCUCACGUGGGUCCCUAUUGCAGUGCGGAUCCAGUAGUUGGAGUUCUAAACCUAGCCCAAGAGAGGGAGCGCAAGGAGUGAGCUAACAGAACUAGAAACUAUAGGUGCAUUUUUACUCUAUCGAACAUCGCUUUUGAAAGACUGUCACUUUUACUGCCCUGGAGCCAUCUUUCCAGCCUUUUAGUAUAACGCCAUCAAUCCCCGCCUGAAAACUCACACACGGUCGUGUCAGCUGGCAUGAGCUAACCCACCAGACAUGGAAACCAAACCUUUCAUGUCAUUGGAAUCUACAAUCCUGCCUAUGGGAUGGUUCCUGAAGCCCCAGUGCUCGCUGGCUCCGCCCCCCCAGCGAGGACGCUCGGGGGAGGCCUGCUCCUGUUUCACCGGCAUGUGUCACCUCCACCACCCCCGGAUAUCUACAGGUAACACUCAACGCCAUCUCCACAUCCCCUCGCCAUCUUCCCCGUCAUGGCAGACUCCGCACCUGGGAAGACACCUGUAUCAAAUAAAUUCAUCAGGUCAGGUGACCUCAUCUCCACUGAGCUCUCCCACGUCCCACCGGGGCAUGCACCCAUCCCUGCUCAACCCGUCCUCCAUGGGGCCCUCAGGCUCCUUGCACUCUCCGAUCAGCACCCUGAGUUCUCCCAUGAACGGCCUGGGCUCGCCCUUUUCUGUCAUCAACUCCCCCAUGGGCCCACACUCCAUGUCKUCACCCGGCAUGGGCUACGGUCCCAGUGUCAGCCCCCAGCUGAACUCCCAAAUGAACUCGGUCAGCAGCUCGGAGGACAUCAAGCCCCCGCUGGGUCUCAACGGGGUGAUGAAGGUGUCCGCCCAGCCCUCGCCGGGGUGCAUGCCUCUCUCCCUCACCAAACACAUCUGUGCCAUCUGCGGAGACCGCUCCUCAGGUACAGUAGGUGCCUUAAGGUUACAGUCAUACAUGCACCCAAACACCCAAACACACCCGGAACCAGUUUUGUUACACACAGCCGUCCAGGAGGAGCGCCAGCGGGCCAAAGAGCGCAGUGAGAACGAGGUGGAGUCCACCAGCAGCGUCAACGAGGACAUGCCCGUGGAGAAGAUCCUGGAGGCAGAGCUCGCUGUGGAACCCAAGACAGAGACCUACAUCGAGACCAACCUGGGCAUGCCAUCCAACUCGCCCAAUGACCCGGUGACUAACAUCUGCCAAGCAGCCGACAAGCAACUCUUUACACUGGUGGAGUGGGCCAAGAGGAUCCCCCACUUCUCUGAGCUGCCCCUGGACGACCAGGUCAUCCUCCUACGAGCAGGGUGGAAUGAGCUACUCAUCGCAUCCUUCUCACACCGUUCGAUAGCGGUGAAAGAUGGGAUCCUCCUAGCAACAGGGCUACACGUCCAUCGUAACAGCGCCCACAGUGCUGGAGUGGGAGCCAUCUUUGACAGAGUGCUCACAGAACUGGUGUCCAAGAUGAGAGACAUGCAGAUGGAUAAGACAGAGCUGGGGUGCCUUCGAGCCAUCGUCCUCUUCAACCCAGAUUCUAAAGGCUUGUCAAACCCAGGCGAGGUGGAGGCUUUGAGAGAGAAGGUCUACGCCUCUCUGGAGGCCUACUGCAAACAGAAAUACCCAGAUCAGCCUGGCAGGUUUGCCAAGCUGUUGCUGCGGUUACCAGCCCUGCGUUCCAUUGGUCUGAAGUGUCUGGAGCACCUGUUCUUUUUCAAGCUCAUCGGGGACACGCCCAUCGACACCUUCCUCAUGGAGAUGCUAGAGGCGCCCCACCAAAUGACAUAACUGCAGGCGGGGCGUCGCCCAUGUUCCCCUCGCCCCCUCCGCCUCUAACCCCUCUGGAUACGGAGGGUGGUCCUGCAAACCACUCCCCCUCGAGAGAUUAUGUGACAUCAUUGGAUCUAGAGAAGUCCCCCCUCUUUGAUGUGUUUCAAAAAAACAAGUUCAAUGUCCAUGGGUCUGUUUUAUACACUGUACAAAUAUAUAUAUAUAUAUAUAUAUAUAUAUAUAUAUAUAUAUAUAU